AUGGAGGAAUGGGGAAACACCUACGGAGAGCGGUUUGUAUCUAAGGCUACUUGGGAUCUCACUAGAUGUCGCAAGGAGAAUGUGGUCUGGAGCAAGCUGGUCUGGUUCCCACAGGGUGUACCGCGGUUUGCUUUCAUCACUUGGUUAGCUAUCAGGAAUCGACUCUCAACUGGCCAUCGUACGAGUCAAUGGGGCCAUCCUCAAGGUUGUCUCUUCUGUGGUGAGCCUAACGAGACAAGAGAUCACUUAUUUUUUGCGUGUCCCUACACUUUCACGCUCUGGAUUAAGGUGGUUGGGAACCUGUUUGGACAAGAACCUGAUCCCGACUGGGAUACAACUAUGGCGCAUCUUCUCAUGGGAUCUUUUGACAUGUUGACGUUCAUACUAUUGCGGCUUGUGUUGCAGGUUACGAUCUACUAUAUAUGGCGCGAGCGGAAUGACCGCAAGCACAAUAACUCAGCCCGACCUGUCAAUCAUGUUUCUAAACUGAUUGAUAAAACGGUCAGGAACCGUAUCACUUCCACUGGAUAUGCUCUGGAGCCAAGGCUACAAGGUCUGAUGAGAAGAUGGUUUGAAGCACAUAUUCUUUAA